UGCCGCUGGGCCAGCCCCCCUACCGAACACCGGAUUUUGAGCGCGUGCACCCGGUCGGCUUGCUCGAGCAUCCACACUGGGACACAAAUUGAAACUCUUAGAGGAAACACAGAAAUAAGAAGUCCUGCCGCUGUAAAACAGUUGUAAUAAUAAUGGAGCAACAACAGCGUCGUUUUCAUUCCUGUCCGUCCUUCAUAAUUUAAUCGUUACAUCUUUCCGAAGCGGGCAAAGCACGUCCCGCUGUUAUACUAGUCUAGGCUACGGACCGACUGAUUGUUGUAAUACGGACGGAUUUGUGUACGCAGGAGAUGAUAUAACGCACCCUGAAGACGACUGGAACGAGAACGGGUAACUGGAGCCGCGCGAAGAGGAAGCAUGAAGUUUGCGGUUGCAGUGUUGUGGCUGUUGUGGUUCUCGGUCGGCGAUGCCACUAUUGAAGCUCCAGAGGAGUUUGUGUCUCUGGCUGAGAUGGAGGAUGCCUUGUUGAGGAACCUGUUUAGAGGGUAUCAGAAAUGGGUCCGACCCGUUCUGCACGCUAACGACACCAUCACAGUACGAUUCGGACUCAAGAUCUCACAGCUGGUGGACGUGGAUGAGAAGAAUCAGCUGAUGACUACUAAUGUCUGGCUAUGGCAGGAGUGGAUAGAUGUGAAGCUCCAGUGGAACCCUGAUGAGUAUGGAGGAAUCACCUCUAUCAGAGUUCCCUCUGAAACAAUAUGGCUGCCAGACAUUGUCCUCUAUGAGAAUGCUGACGGGCGUUUCGAGGGCUCCCUGAUGACCAAAGCCAUCGUGAGGUCAGACGGGACAAUCAGGUGGACCCCUCCGGCCAGCUACAAGUCUUCAUGCACCAUGGACGUCACCUUCUUUCCCUUCGACAGACAGAACUGCUCCAUGAAGUUUGGCUCGUGGACCUACGACGGCAACAUGGUGGACCUGGUUCUUGUGGACCACUACGUCGACCGUAAGGACUUCUUCGACAACGGUGAAUGGGAGAUCCUCAACGCCACCGGCGCCAAGGGCAGCCGACGGGACGGUAUCUACUGGUACCCCUUCGUUACCUACUCCUUCAUCCUCAAGAGGCUUCCUUUGUUCUACACACUCUUCCUCAUCAUCCCCUGUCUCGGUCUGUCCUUCCUGACCGUGUUGGUGUUCUACCUCCCGUCUGACGAAGGAGAGAAGCUGUCUCUGUCCACGUCGGUCCUGGUGUCUCUCACCGUGUUCCUCCUCGUCAUAGAAGAGAUUAUACCGUCCUCCUCCAAGGUGAUCCCUCUGAUUGGAGAGUACCUCCUCUUCAUCAUGAUCUUCGUCACCUUCUCCAUCAUCGUCACGGUGUUUGUCAUCAACGUCCACCACCGCUCCUCAGCCACCUACCACCCCAUGGCCCCCUGGGUAAAAAACCUCUUCCUCCAGAGGCUACCCAGACUGCUUUGCAUGAGGGGACACACUGACAGGUACCACUACCCAGACAUUGAGCUGCGUAGCCCAGAGCUGAAGCCCCGCGGAGGUCCAGGGAGGAGGGGGGCGUCGGGCCAGGGCCAAGCCCAGCAGAGAGGCCCUGUCGGGGGGAAGGAGGAUGAGAACCAUGCCUGGUUGGCCAUGCUGGAGAAAGCCACCAACUCAGUACGGUACAUCAGCCGUCACAUCAAGAAGGAACACUUUAUCAGAGAGGUGGUGCAGGACUGGAAGUUUGUGGCUCAGGUGUUGGACAGGAUCUUAUUGUGGGUGUUCCUCACUGUCUCCAUACUGGGUACCAUCCUCAUCUUCACUCCAGCCAUCACUUUGUACCUGACCACUCCCCCCUUCAACACAUAGACCCUAUCAGUAGACCCUAACCCCUAUAGACAUAAUCAGUAGACCCUAACCCCUACACCCUACCACCUAUACCCUAUACCCUAACUCCUACACCCUACAACACAUAAUCAGUAGACCCUAACCCCUACACCCUAACCCCUACACCCUACAACACAUAAUCAGUAGACCCUAACCCCUACACCCUAACCCUUAUACCCUACAACACAUAAUCAGUAGACCCUAGCCCCUACACCCUAACCCUUAUACCCUACAA